CAGCUUCGUUUCUUCUCCGACUCAACAACUUUCCACAGUUCAAAGCCAGAGAGGCUUCGGUCCCUUGUACUGCCAACAAGAUGACCUCUGCCGGCGAAAUCAUCGCCAUCCUCGGCCUCUUCGAACGCGUAGUUAUCGAGCUACGCAACUACCACGACGCCCCGGCGCACUUCCAGAACCUGCGUGCAGAGCUAGACCUCCUCCGCAGUGCCUUGCGCCAUGCCUUACAGCUGCGGGCCGACAGCGAUGAGGAGCGCCAGAUGCUCGACAAGGUCGCCGCCAUCGCCAUGCAUUGCCUCCAACCGCUCCAGGCCAUGGCCGACAAGAUGCGAACCAAGGAGAGCAGCCUGGGCUAUUUUCGCACGUCGAAGAGCCUGGUAAACAUUGGAACCCGUCUCCACUAGUCGCUGAUCGCACGUAAGGACGUCGACGAGCUGAGGCGGGUGGUCUUGGCUGAGAUGGUCGCCAUCAACAUAUUGUUGAGCGCCCAGCAACUAAACCAAAUCAAGCGCCUCUCCGCGGAAGCCAGCGGGGCCGAGCGUACCCAAAGCGCCCUCAUCGAGAAGCACUCG